AUGCAUAAUUAAGCUAAUUCCCAAAGCAUAAAUUUUAGAAUUAUUUAUGCUUUUUAGAUUAUUUAUUGCUUCACCAUAUUUUUAGAUAUGUUCAGCGGUAUAAAACAAGUUAUUGCUGCUAGCUCUAGUUGUUAAGCUUCAAAUUGUCAAUCUUGCGAUGCUAAUUCUCCUUAUUGUAAGUAAUGCAUUCCUCCGUUUGUUUUAAAUUAAUUUGGAUAUUGUGAUGCUUCUUCAGUCUGUAACUAAAAUUAGUAUUAUUCUACGCAAGAUAAUAGCUGUGAGGUUUCUUGUAUGCAAAAUUAGACUCCUAAUCCAGUUUUAAAUUUUUGUGAUCAAGUGAAUGCUUGCAGUAGUACUAAUUAUUUAGGAACUAAUUAGCUACCUCCAUUGAUAAAUCAGCCCAUAUUUUAUGAUCCUAAUAUUGGAGUAUAUAUUUAUCCUAGUGCAACUAAUUAAAUAAAUAUAUACGAUUCUGUCAGUAUGCAAUACUAGGCUUCUAUAUUUACAUAAAUGCAAACAAUAGGAAAAUGUGUGUAUGAUCAAUCAACAUAAAAUGUAGUUGUCACAAAUACUCAAGGACAAAUAGAAAUUUGGAAUGUGCUAUCUACUGAUCUUGUUUUCAUGACUACCGUACCUGUAUAUUAAGGAUCAUACAUCUAAUACAUCCCAAAUUAUUAAUAAUUCUUUUAUCUUGAUUAAAAUAAGAAUCUAACAGUAAUUAACAACUUUUCAUAAAGCCCUAAAACUCUUUAAUAUUAAUUUGUAAAUCUAAAUUUGAAUUAUGUGAUUUACAAUUAAACUUAAUCAGUAGUGUUUGCAGGGAAUUAGUUAGAGUUACUACAUAUCAGCUUAAAUGACUUCAGCUUAAUUUUUUAGAACUCCUACAAUUUCUAGUUACCAACCUCAAAUGCAUUAGUAUAUAAUGUUGCAUCCUAUUCUUCAUAAGUAUUUGUAUUUUAUAGGGCUACCCCUGGUAAUAAUGUUUUAAUUUACUAACCUAACAUUCAAAUUUUGACUAAUACAUCUUAACUCAGUCUCUUUAAUGGUCUUGGUUACAUGUUUGGUAGUUUUUUCUAAAAAGUAUCUUCAUAAAUUUAGUUUUAUGAUUUAGAUCCAGUAUCUGGAAAUAUAACAGCAAAAGGACCCUUAUACCCUUUGUCACAAAAUUAUUUCAUUAUUAAUCAAAAUUAGACUAUUGGAUUUGGUUUAUUCUAAACCCCAUCAUUAGUUUCGACUACACCUAACAUUAAAUUUAUUUUUAAUUUUACAAGCGCUGCUAAAUUUACUUCAUAAAUGAUAACUAACAUAACUACAUUUAAUCUUAUAAUAUAGAAUACUCUUUUUAUGGAUGAAGUUAACAACAGAUUAGUUAAUAGAGGAGCUGAUGGUAUUAUAUACAUAACUGAUAUGAAUUAUUUAAAUGUUACAUAUAGUAUUAAGCAAUUUCAGCAGGCUCCAGUUACAACAUUUUCUACAGGCAUUUUAAUACAAAGCAGACCUGACCCAUUAAACUUACCAGGAGUCAUAACUACUACUAUGAAUUCACUUUAAAACAUUAAUUUAGUAAAUAACAAAAGAAGAAUUAAAUCAUUAUUUGCUAAUUCUAAUAUGGUUGUGAUGCAAACGACAAAAAAUAUAGUAGUCACUAUUUAAGGAUCAUCCUUUACUAUUUAUAAGAUAUCUAACAUGCAAAAGCUAAAUACUCAAGCAGUGGCCACAUCCAUUGACACAAUAACAAAAUGUCCAAACCCACUAUUUAUGAUUUAAACACAAACAACACAAGACGAUUUUAUAACAGUAUGCAAAUCAAAGUUGGUAUACUGGUAAUACAAUUCAGUAAAUUAAAAUUAUAAUGCUCCUGCUAUUUAAAUAGCUGUAUAAAACCCAUCAUUUAUUGUAAAAGAUAUGCUAAACCAUAUUAUUAUUUGCUAUGCAACAGCAUGUAAUGCACAUCUAAAAUCUUCACUCGUGGCUUAAAUUAUUAAUAUUAAUACUUAAGGUUCAAAUAUUUUUGCUUUGAAUACAAGAAGCGACUAAACUUUCUUUACUAUCCUAGUUAACAGUUCUCCUAACAGUGUCUUAUUUAUCUCUUAUCCUCAGUUUGCUUUAUUGGCAACUGCAUAGCUAUUAGGAAAUUGCACACUUUUUAUAGGUGCUGGCUAUUUUGAAAAUAACAGAGCUGUAUUUGUAUGCAGACCAGAUCUUGUUUCAUUUCAAGUUAAUUUUCAUAUACUUACAUUAAAUAUAGGUACUCCCACGACUGUUCAGGUACAAUCUAUGUCUAUACCAAGAUUAAUUACUACUUUAAAUAUAUUUGACAGCUAAACUGUCUUUACGUUCUAUGCAUCAGGAAAUAAUAUUUAUUUCUACAUGUAUGCAUUCUAAACAAGUUUACCUCUAGUAAUUGAAAAAGCAGCUAGUUUACUUCCUUAUACUUACAACUCACCCGCCCCUAAUUUUGAUACUGUUCUUAGGAGAGUUUUUUUCACCUUCAACAACAAUAUAUUUUAUAAUACUUAAUUUGUUGGAGAGUACUAAAUAUGGAGUUACAGUUACAAUAACCAUUAUUAUGAUAUAUUAGAUAAUGGUAAUGUAAAUUAAAUUUAAAAAAUAAAGCAAUGUGUCUAUAAUUCCUAUGUAGUUGGUGUUUAAAGACCACAGUAUGUUUAUAUUUCAGAUAACUUGCGCAAUAUAGAAUAUAAAUAAACUAUACAAGGUGUUACUGACUUCUACAUAGAUUCAAGCAUCUAAACUUUUUUCUAUGUAAAUGGAACCAAAAUUAUAUCAGCUUUUAACUAUGUUACAAAUACUUAAUAUUCUUAUACUCAUACUGCCAUAAUGACUAAUUUAUCAUCUAUUGCAAAUCCUAAAUUUUAAAACACAUUCGUAGCAUUUAACAAUAUUAACACUGACUUUACAUUAUGUUCUUACAAUUAAGCCAGUAUAAAUUGUUUUAAUAAAACCCUUAGUACAAAUAUAUAUAAUUAUGUUACUUCAGUUGUAUGCACAUAGAAUGUUGCAUUCGUUUAUGAUAAUUCUUCAACAUACUACUAUAUAAUUAUGGAUCCUACUUAAACUAAAUAACCAAUAUAUAUCAGUUUAAGUUAACCAACAUCUGCAAAUGUAGCGUUAUUUGUACCUUAAUUUGGUUUUUUAGUAACAUAAAGUAACACAAUUAUAGGUAAUGGGUAUAUUAGUAAUUUAAAUGGUUAUACAUUAACAACAUUAACGUAUACAUGCUUCAUUUAAGACAUAAUAGCGUAUUAGAAUGGUUACUUUAUAUUAUGCCCUAAGCUUGUUUACGCUGUCUCAAGUGUAUUUGCUCAAUUAUUUUAAUUUGGAACAGCUAUGACAAUUUAAAAGGCUUAUUAUUACAGUCCUAAAAACUUAUUAAUUAUUAUUUCAAAUUAACAAGGGUAUACUAACUUAUUAACAUUUUAUGAUGUUGGAUCUUAACUCUAACUCUAAUCUAUCCAAUUAGGAAAUAACUAGCUCAGUAAUAUAUAGUAUUUCUAAGAAGAAGACAUAUUUGUCAUUUAUAGUUUAUUUGGAUAGAUUUUUAGAAUUGAUCUCAAUCAGCCAAGCUAAUAAGAUUUUAUUGUAAAUGUUUUAGAACCUGAUACUGGUUCUUUAACAUAAUCUUAUUUCCCAACGUUAUUUUAUAGUAGAUAAUUGAAUAAAUUAUUUUUUGCUAGCUAAACAAACUUUCAUAAAUGGAAUUAUAGCCCUUUUAUUGGGACAAGGCUGAACUAUAAAAUUGUUAGAUAUCUGCAAUAUCAGUCAGCUUAAAAUAAGGCAGUAUCAGAUACUAUCUAUUAUGCUGAUUUAUCAAGCUUCGUUUGGGUCUUUUAAAAUGGCUAAUAGUAAUUGAUUUAAGUAAUGCCAAAUGAGGUAUAGGAUAUGUAUACUUCUCCUACAUAUCUAGUUAUUUUUACAUUACAAAAUAUAUACGUAUAUCAAAUAUCUGAUUUUAGCAAUACACUUCUUAUCAAUAAUGCCAUAACAACAACAACAAUUCAAUUCUCGAUGUAAUUUAAUGUUUAAGUUUAUGCAUACAUCACCUCAGAUUAUGACUUUUUCUUAUAUGAUCUAUCUACUAAUUAGUACCAAACACCUCCCGUUAAAAUAGCAACUUUUGCAGGACAAGUUAUUGAUUUCGUUCUCAUAGCUAGCGAUACUGCACUCAUUUCUCUCUACGGAUUACCUCCUGUUCUUUAUAAAGUAGGCUUUAGUUCCUUUACAACUUUAACUGGUGCACCAAACUUGUAAACAUUCCUUGGAGCGUAUACAAUAGCCAGUUUAUCAAAUAUAAUUAUUAUUGAAAUGAGAAAUAUAAUAUCUAUUAAUUCACAGACACUUGCUUUUGUCAACCAAAUAUCCUUCCCUGAAAAUGAUUCAGCAGGUUUUAUCGAAUCUUAUGUAUUUGAUGACUAACUAGGUCUCUUGUUUAUUCAUUAUCAAUUUCAUAAUUAUGUAUAAGUAAUUCCUUACUCCUUAAACAAAGCUCAAUUAACUUUUAUUGGUUCUCCUGAUAUUUACAGGGUUAAAUUCUUAGUAUAGAGUACAUAUAUAGCAAUUUAUUGCUCUUUCUAAAUUAAUUUCCAUAGUAGAGAUUAAAAUUUAAAUUACCUCUACUCUUUUAGAAUGCCUACAAUAGUAAACUCUACAAACUCAUUGAUUAUACUUAAUGAUGCUUACCUUGUAAUCACUUAGAGGUCUUAAAUUAAUAUUUUUAUAAUUAACCCUGUUUAAGGAAGCAGCCCUACAUUUACUAGCUACAAGACUAUUUACUCAACACAAUCAACUAUUUAUUAGGCUUUCAUAGAUAACAAUCGAAACAUUAAGUUACAAGGAGUAGGUUAAGAAGGAUAUUUCAAUAAUAUAAUUGUGGUUGGAUUCUAGUGUUAAUAAUAAUUUUCAUCAGUGAAGAAUAAACUUAAUUUAAAGAGCUAGCUGAACUCAGUUAGCAUAGUAACUGAAAAUGUCUAAAAAUAUUACUACUUUAAUAUUUAGUUGGAUAGCUCAACUAAAUAUUCUUAGCUACCAUUUAUUAACGAAAUAUCUUUCUCUAAUAAUAAUGCUGUGAUUUAGUACAUACCUUAGCAAUAAGACUAAUAAUUAACUUUAAGUAACAAUAUAUUUUCAUCUGUCAGUACUAUAGAUUUGGUGAUAAAUAAUUUUAGAUUGAUGAUACCUGAUGGCUCUAAUAAUAUUUCAUUUAACCCAUAAACUUAAGUAGUUAUUAUUAAAUAAGUGACAAUAAAUUAGGAUUUGAAUAAUGUUAUCUUCAACUUUAGUAAUUUAUAAAGAGUAGUUAUAGACUAGCUAACAAUCACUGAUUUAACCAUUACAGAUAGUGUGCUUUUUAACUUUAUAAAUGUUGGGUAAGUCACUAUUUCUAACCUCAAUUUGAUAAAUGUCAACUUUAUUCGUUCCUAACUUAUAUACAUUCGAAAUUCAAAUUCAAUUUCAAUCAUAAAUUUGCAAAUAUAAAGUUUGAGAAUAUACUAAUAUGUUGGCAAGAUGAUAAUUAACAUAUGUAGCUCUUAGAAACUAUAAUUCUAAAAUCUAUUUGUAAGUGAUGUUACAGGUACAAAUGUGGCUACUACUCAAGAUAUUAGUACUAUAACUUAAGUGAUCGAACGUGAUUACACUUAUCUUUAAUAACAGGUAAAUAACAUAAUUUAUUUACAAAAAGUUUAGUAUAUAAAUAUGAGUGUAGGUUCGUGCUAAUUACUCAAGUAAAUUCAACUUAUUAAAAUCGAAGAUUUUUAUAAUGAUGGGUCUCUACAACAAACAUUAAUUUCAAGUUUUGUAUAAUUUGAUUAAGUAAACUUCAAGACAAAUUAAGGCAUGUUUUCUUUAGUGUCUAUUAAGGCUAGUAAUGUAACUUUAAACUUGAUAAAUGCUUAACAGAACUCAUGCUCAGAUUGUAAUGGUGCUGUUUUCUUCAUCUAUGAAACUAAAUAUCUCAGUAUUAGUAGUUCAAUUUUUAACACAAAUUACGCUAUUCACGGAGGUAGUCUAUCUAUCCAAAGUUGCAACGAUGUUUAUAACUAUUUCUAAAAUAAUACUUUCUUGAACAAUUAAGCAAGAGGAAAUGGAGGAGCUGUCUAUCUUGAUAACUGUGAUCUAAAUAUAAAUACUACAAAUUUUACUCGUAACACUGCUAUCAUUGGAGGAGCAAUAAGAUACGUAAAUUUGGUACCUAUGUUUAUCAAUGGAAUAAAUGAUAUACUAAAUAGCAUAACAUUUUCAAAAAACAAUGCCACAAUUUUUGGUAAUAAUUAUGGCUCAUAUUUUUCAAGCAUUAAACUCAUUAAUCUUUAAAAUUCUUAACUUAAUUCUACCUAUAUCACAUCAAAUAACACCUUUUAAACUUUUGAUGUUUCCAACUUCUAAAGUGGAAACGAUAUCAUAUUCUAUCUAUAAAUUUAAGAUGAAGAGCAAGAAAUAGUAUCAUAUGAUCCCUAAAGUUUGAUAUCCUCUAGGAUAAUACCAUCUUCAAUCAAACAAUCAUUCUAGAAAAUCAUAUUUAAUUUAGUAAGUAGCGAAGAUUAAAUUCUUAUUGAAGGUUCCACAUUUGCAACAUACUAGUAAUUCGACAAAAAUAAAUAGCUUUUUAUAUUUUCUUAGUGCCAACUGAUCGCUUAGCCUUUAAAAGUAGGAACCCUAUUUGUGUAAACUAACGUUGACUUUUAAAUUCCAGACUAUAUAUUAGAUAAGUUAACUCAAGAAGCUUAAUCAAUAUAAAAUAGAAGAGUUUUGUAAAAAGCUAAUUCAAUGAGGUAGACAAUAAAUUCUAAUUAAUUCUCUAUUACUAUCAACUUCUAAUUCCGUGAUUGCUAGGUUGGUGAAAUUUACCAAAAUAUUUCUUCUACUAAAACUUCUUGUUAUAUAUGCCCAACUGGAAGUUAUUCUUUAGUUACUCCUAAUUACUAUGAAAAAUAGACUUGUAAUUAGUGCAGUAACGAAAACACUUAACAGUGUGGUAACAGCACUAUCAUCCUUAAAAGCGGAUACUGGAGAAAAAGCUAAUCUUCAGAUGUUAUAGUCGAAUGCAUUAAUAAAGUAGACAAUUGCAUAGAUGAUUCAAGUGCUAGAGGUUAUUGUAAAGAAGGUCUUAUAGGGCCCUUAUGUGAAAAUUGUGAUGUUCUAGGAGAGGUAUGGGGGAAGCCUUAUUCUUAAACUCUUUAAUAUCAAUGUGCUCCAUGUACUGAUUACUUUAGCACAUAUGUGCGUUGGGGUCUUCUAUUUUUAGCUGUAAAUAUAUAUAUUUUAGGUACUUUGUGGAUUUUCUUUGGAAUAUACAGGCAAAGAUCUAUUAUAUAUUACUUGAGAUAGGCUGGCAUGAUUGCGUUUGGUAACUCUGCUCGUCGUGAUUAAUCAAGCACAUAUUUAAAAUUCUUGAUUACUUACGCUUAGCUAUAAAGUAAUAUAAAUCAAUUCAAAUAUGAUAUUUUUGUGUUAUCUAUUCCUACAAUGUUUGGUUAACCUGUUAGUUAAUUAAAUACUGCUACUGAUUGCUAGAUAGUCUCUUAUUAAAAUAAACUUUUAGUAAAAACCGCUGCUAUGCUCUGUUUACCGAUACUAUUCUACUUAUGGAUUUGUUUAGUCUUUUUUGUUAAAAGCAUAUUUGUUAAGAGAGGUAGAGACUACUGGUUUUACUCAAGAAUGAAACUAUUUACAUUGUUCCUCUUUUCAUUUACUUUAUUCUAGCCAAACAUAGUGUCAUUUUUAAUUUAAUCUGUAUCUUGUAGAGUAAUUGGUGAUGUAAAGUAUGUGACUGCAGACAUUACAAUGAUUUGCUAUGAAAUGGAGCAUAUAUAUGUGAUUUUCAUAUCUAUUUUCGGUAUACUUUUAUGGGUAGUGAUUGUGCCUGUUUACAUAUUUGUGAAGCUAAAAAGAAUAUAGCACACUGAAUGGAUUACAAAAUAAUAUUGCUAUGGAUUCCUCUACCUUGAAUUCAAUAAAAAAAAUAAAUACUGGGAAUUGGUAAGACUAUAGCUUAAACUUUUAAUUAUCAUAUUUAUAAAUCUAUUGAUGCUAAAUCCUGUAACACAGUUCACUUGUAUAACAUUUACUUUGUUAAUUUAUUAUCAUCUAAUUCAUAAAUACAUGCCUUAUGAGACUUUACAUAUGAAUUAAAAUGAUAAACUCAUGAUCAUCUCGCUAGGUAUUUAGCUUAUUUUGAAUGCUAUUAUAAAGGACACUUCAAUAGGUUCCAAUAUAAAUCUGAUAAUCACAUUAAUAUGUAUGUCGAUCAAUGUUGUUACUUUCUGCUACUUGAUUUUAGUUAUAUUGCUAUAGAAAAUUUAGUUUAUACGUCAAAAUAUUAUAAAAUUCAAGUAUAUGCUUUAGCAGAUUCCUUGCCUUAAAAAUGUUAGUUUUUUACAAGUAGUUUUAGAAGUUGAAACAAGCUUUAGGAGAUUUUAACUCUGGAAAGCUUUAAGCAAAAAUUUACAAUCAGCAAUAUUCAAUUGUUAGAUAAUGAAAUAUAAAUAGCUUCGCGAGAAUUUCCUUAUGAAAUCUCAAAAUUUAAAGGCAAACAAAAGUAAAAAUUCAGAUACCUAAUAAAUUAGAGACUCUAUAGGAUUUGAAAUGAUGAUUAAAGAGUUAGGAAAUUCAUCCUUUCCUAAUUAAUUUAGACACACUCAAAAAUAAAAUACUAAUGCUAAAUAUCUUAAUAACGUAGAUUAACUAAACAUAACUCUUGAUGGAGAGUAAACUCAAAGUCCCAAAUACACACAAUAAGGUGCUAUUCAUAAUAGAAUUGGAGAAGAUAAAGUAAACAGUGACUUUUUAAAUAGUGUAUUAGGCAAAGACUCUAAGUACAUAGGAUAGAAUAGUAUUCCAUAUCACCAUCCCUAUAGUCAAAAUAAAAAUCUAAAAAUUUCAGUGUCUCAUUCUAAUUCUCCAUUGUAAAAUAGCAACAAUAGCUUAACUGCUUAACAAUUGUAAUAAACCUAGCAAACUUUUAAUUUAGAUAAAGCCUCACCUUUCAAAAUUUUACAUAAUGGGUUAUUUGGUAAAAAUAAUUAAAACAAUUAUAAUUAAAAUAGUCGUACUAGUAAUGCCGAUAUAAGCCCAUUAGAUGGUGAUAAUGUUAUAAUACCAUCUAAUUCUGGUGCUUCAUUAAAUCAUAUUACUAGCACAGCUGCUAUAUCAAAUAAUUUAGUUGGAAAUAGCUCAAUAUCACACACUUAACUAUUAACUAAGCCUAAAUUUAAUACCAAAAAUUAAGAUCUUGAAGAUUAUAAAUCUCCACCUUCUUUGAGCUAUAAUACAUCAGCUAUUGUUUAUCCUUUAUAUCCUGAAAAUGAUGAAGAUGAAAGCAAAACUAAAUUCGAAACUGUUGGAUUAAAGUAAUUUAAUAGUUAGAUUAAUCCAAAAAUAAUAAGUGAUGAGUAGCUUGUAAAUCCACCAAAUGGCCCAAGAAAAAUGUCAGCAAGCAACUCUAGUAGUGAGUAAAUGGAAGAGGAAGACGAAGGCGUUAGUUAAAAAAAAUCUAUAGAAGAUUCUGAGUAGCUAGAACAAUACAAAAUAUAAGAAAGUCCUAAUUCUAAUUUACCAUCCUAGUUAGAUCGUUAUAAAUUCCCUCCUGACUAUUUGAUGAAGAUGUCAAAAAGAAGUCUUAUAUAAAACAAUAACAAUAAUAAUUGA